GUUCAAAUAUUUUUUGGAGUCUUAUACCCCGUUCACACCAAAAAGUUAAACACGUUUAACUAAACAUGGUUAAAAAAUUACCCGUUCACACCGCGCACGCUCUCAAACUAAACACGUUUAAAACCUGUUUAAUUAAACUACCUCUAAAAGGUAGUUUAAACCCUGUCUAACCAACAUGGCGGAGGAAAGAGACGAUAAAAAGCGGGGAAGGGCAUGGGAAAAAGAAGAGACAAUAAUUCUUUUGGAGAAGUGGGGGGAAGAGAAUAUUCAGCAACGUCUGAAAGAAUGCACCCGAAAAAAGCCAAUUUGGCAAGAAAUAAGCACUUAUCUAAACGCUUCUGGGUACAACGACAGGGAUUGCGACUCGUGCAAAACCCGAAUCCACACAUUAAUCUCGGCCUACAGAGGCUACGAAGAUGCGCUGUCGAGGUCCAGCAACGCAACUCCUAAAAAGAAGGCACCCUUCUUUGACGAAAUUGACGAAAUUGACGAAAUUUUAUCGGACAAGCCAGCUACCAGACCGGCUAUCGCCCUAAGCUCAACCGUUCUGGAAAGUACUCAAAGCAAGGAGACGGAGCUGACGGACGGCGAGAAGAGCCCACAACCCAGUUGCAGUUUUCCAACCUUGGAAAAACAAAAACGAAAGAAAGCCGACGAGAAGCAUCUUCCCAGUCUUCUCGGUAGGUUUGUUGUUGUUUCCAUGUUAAUGAGAAAAUGUUACGUAGUUUGCCACCUGACCAACUUAUUAUGCAACUAACGUCACGUGAAAAAACAUGACAAGAUGAGGCCCUUGUUGAUUCGGAGUUUUGCGAAAGCCACGUACGAUUCAAUGUUGUUUACUCAAUUCUUCACCUCAAACCACAGAUUACAGACCACUACUUUCGCGAAAAAUCCAAAGAAGUGGACUAGAACACUGUGGAGGAAUACCGAGGAUCAGGAAACGCUUUAUUGCUUUUCACGACCAUGGCCAGGGCUGCUUUGUCUGGUUUUAUUUUUCCAUUUAAAGUCAUUUUCAGAGCUUGUGUUUUGGAUGUUUGCUUUUUUUCAUUAGCUUGUUUUACAGCUUUAGCCCGCAAAAAUCUACCUGUAUCACAAAGCUCAAAAGCUUGCAUUUAAUGGCUGUCUUGCAUACGGUAUUUCCACUGGUAAGUGCCCACACUUUAAUAAGUGCCCUCCCCUGAAUGAGCACCCACCCCCUCAACCAAAAUAGCAAAUAAGCGCCCUAACUUUCUUAAAUAGUAAAGAUACAAGGAAAACCUGUUUCUAUUGGCAAAUAAUUUCCAAUCUUGUAAGCUGUAACUACACUGGCAUCAGUACAUGUAGGAAAACAGUUUAUUUUCUGUUAGUCACUUGUAGUUUUUUCUAUAUCCAUGUGCUUGCAGAGUUCUGUUAUGUGCAGUAGCCAAAAU